UUUUUCGUCCUUGAUACUGCAUGUGUGAUCAUUUUCACCGUGGAAUAUUUAUUACGUUUAUUUGCUGCUCCAGAUAGGUGCAAAUUUUUACAUUCAAUAAUGAGCAUGAUUGAUGUAAUUGCUAUUAUGCCAUAUUAUGUUGGUCUUGGAUUCACCAAUAAAAAGGAUGUCUCGGGUGCAUUUGUCACUUUACGUGUCUUU